UGGCGGCGGUUGGCGGCGGGAGGCGCGGGCGGGAUGCGGCCCAGGGCGGGUCCCGGCGAGUCCCCCGCCGUGCCCAGCCUGCCGCCGCUGGUGCCGGGCCCGCCGCGCUGCCUCCUGCGCUGCACCGUGUCGCGCCUGCUGUGGGCGGCUCCGCAGCCCGCUGCCGUGGUCCGCCUGCGCUGGUGGGGGGACAGCUCGGGCGGUACCGUGUUCCAGCCGCCGUGCCGGGCCGGGCAGCCCGCGGGCAGGACCUGCGCCCGCUUCCCCGUGCGCUGCGGGCCCCGGCAGCUCGCCGCUUACCUGGCAGACAUGGGCGUUCUUGUCCUGGAGGUGCUGACCAAACUCGACCAUCUCCCCCUGGGCAGAGCUCAGAUCACCAGACUGUCCCAGCUGUCCCCCAGCCAUCCCAUCARAGGCUCUUUCGCUGUGCUGUCCCCGACAUCGGCUAAACUGGGAGAGCUGCAGGUCUCACUGGCUCUAGAACCUCUGCCAGAAGCGUAUGACACCAGCAGCUCUGUCCCAACCACAGAGGGAAGUUUGGACGCUGCUGCUCAGGGAAACAGCAAGUGGCAGCUUCCUGCUCCAUCCCAGCAGCACACACGGGUGACUGUUCCUGACCAAGAGCCUGCUGACAGCAGAAAAGCCAUAACUCCCAGAGGAAAGGACCAUUUGUUCUACCAAGAGAACUCUGAAAACAUAAAGGACACCUUUUCUGCUUCUCAUCACCGUGUGAUUUUACCAGAGGAACAUUUGAAAAUGAAUCCUUCAACUCAGCCUCCAUCAUUUCCCAGCAGCAGCGAUCCCGAAGCGUUUCCCAGGAGGAACGUCCUGUCCAUGCACAACCCGGCCACAAAGGACCUGCUGGCAGCUCUCUUGGAUCAAGGCAAUAAACUCCGUGAUGCCAUGGUUGUUUCUGCAAUGAAGUCCAGCCCAGACAUGGAGAUUGARCUGAAUAAAAUGUCUCAUUUUAUAGAGAGAGACGAUUUUAAAGCACCAACAAAGAGCCCAAAAGGCUUGAAAUCCAGUUUUGUGCCCAUUGCUGGGGAUCCCCAUCACUUUGGGUCUGAAGUUUCAGGUCAGCAGUUGGACCUAAACUCUGAAGAAAGAGCAAUCCAGUUACUGCUGGGCAGUGCUGAUUUCUCUCCGGGGCAUUUUUGGGAUCGAGCAGGUUCCCUGUGGGAUUCUCUUUCCCUGGGCAGUGAGAUGUAUGACAGUGAACUCGGUGACCCCCAUUAUGACCAGAGUCUGCUGGAGAGGCUUUUCUACACAACUCUUAAAUCUGAUUCCAGUUUGAGUGAUUUCCUCAGUGAUGAUGAUGUUAAAUCCUCAAAGAAACCAUCCAAGACAGAAACGCUCAAGAAAUUUGGUCCAGUGAGUCCACAGAAGAAUUUUCAUGCCUUUGAUCAGAAUGGGACAGAAACUAAACCCAGCUGCUUUCUCACUGCUCCUCCAGAGGAGGGAACAGAAGUGGCUCCUGUCACAUCCUUGGGUGCAGAGAGGUUGGCUCUGCUGCAGCGAGUGCACCAGGCCAGAGUCAGCAUUGAGAGCCUGAAAAUCCCUCCUGAGAGCAUCCACAUUUCCCCCAGGAAGAGAGGUUCAGUGGGGAAACCUCCCCGGCCCAUGGCUGCUCACAAAUGUACCUUCUUUGUGGAGUGCCACUUUCCUGUGGGGGUCUCCAAGGAUGAUAAAGGACAGCUCUCCAUAACAACAGAAGUAAUUCGAGCAGCUUCAAGUAAAAUCACAGAUGAUGUGGUGCARUUCCAGCAGCGAUCUGUGUUCCCUGUGUGCUUUGGAGGAACAAUGAUAGAGCACUGGUGGGGCUCUGACCUGGCUUUUAAAAUCUACAGGAGGAAAAGCACCCAGAAAAAGGCCGUGGCUGUUGGCUCAGCAGCAGUUGAGCUCCGCAGGGUGCUCCAGGCUGAGCUGCUCCGUGUCAGCUGGGAAAUAGCUGUGGGAAAAGAGGGAGAUCACACACCMGUUGGACCAUUAAAGGUGUCCCUGGAGCUUGUGACCAACAGCARAGGUUUCACCCACACYGCUGCCAGCUCAGCUCCAGCCCCAGCUCACAGCAGGACAGAUCCCCAGCUGAGACUGCAGGGGCCCAGCAGGAGCUGUGSGDRUGCAGAAAGGAUCCUGUGCUCCAGGAGGAGCCCCAAGGACUCUCAGGACCCAGCAGUGAACAGUGGGGAUGCAGAAAGGCUCCUGAAGGACUCUCAGGACCCAGCAGUGAGCACUGGGGAUGUCAUGGGGUCCCUGUGCUCUGUGCCACCCUCAGCCCCCCGCAGUGUGCUGGCACACAGAGCCCCAGCUGAGGAAGAUGGAUUAUUGCUGCACGUGCUCCUGAUGGUGCCUGAUGGAAAGGAUUUUGUUGCUGAAGGCUCUGGGUUCCCCAGYUCUUGCAAUGUGUAUUUAAACUGCAAACUGUUCAACACUGAGGAGGCGACGAGAUCCACUGUCAUCUGGGGCACAACACAGCCUGCCUUUAAUUUUUCUCAGGUGAUGCCUUUUUCAUUGACUUCAAAGCACUUGGAGCGACUGAAGAACAAUGUCAUGAUUAUUGAAGCGUGGAACAAGCUGGGAAGCCCUGGCUGUGACAAAUUGCUGGGAUUAGUGAAACUYCCUCUGCAUCAGUUUUACAUCUCGUUCAAGGAUGCCAGGAUCUGCCAGCUGCUGCUGCAGGCUCAGUACCCGGUGGUGGCAGUGGAUGGCCACGUGCCCGUGGUCGAUGUUUUCACUGGCAGCACCAGUGGCAGCCUGAGGGUCAUCCUGGCCAUGGGAUCUGCUGACCAGAUCGUGGCUCUGCAGAGGCUGAAAACUGAGGAAGGGAUGGCUCCUCCUGUCACACCACGUCCUCCCCACUCUCUGGACCAGGCUCCCACCAACCCCACCAUGCAGUCAGACCCACAAGGGGCAGAGCUGAUGGAGCACGUGUUUGAGAUCCACGUGGAGAGUGUGAAGGGUCUCACUCCCCUGCAGUCCACGGUCUGGGGAGAGGCUGACUGCUACAUCCAGUACUAUUUCCCAGUUCAGGAGGCUGCUGCUGCUGCACUGGAAGCACCUGGACUGCCUGAGGAUGGCAUCACCUUAAAGCCAUUUCGAACAGCAACCACUCUGUGUGUCCCUGAUCCYRYCUUCCAUGAUGAGCACCAUCAUUCCCUGCUGGUUCCYGCACAUGUCCCAGUCCAGAGGCUCCUGGGCAGUGCAUUUACAGCACCAGGAGCAGCAGGAAGAGGAAUGCAGUUUGAAGUCUGGUGCAGGUAUUAUUACCCAAAUGUCAGAGACCAGCUGGUUGCCAGAGGGGCCUUGCCUUUGUCCCGGCUCUGUGCCAUGGUGACCAUGCAGCAUCGUGAGGAAAUAGGAAUACAAACCUUUAAUCUCCCCUUGGUGCCCCGCACCGAUUCCUCAGAGGAAUUUCAUCUGCACUCCUCAGGUUUGCUGGAUGUGAGUGUGAGGUACCGACGCUCCCUGAAAGCAGCAGCAGGAAUUGCUGCUCAAGCUGUUACACUUUCUGUACGAAUACACAGGGCAGCUGGCUUGCAAGCGGCAGCCAGAUGUGUGGCCCAGAAGAACCCCUCUGUGCAGUACUAUGCCGGGGUGGGAGUGAACMCUUACGUGUGUGUGCUCCUGUCCUUCCUGCCCCAGGCACACACACGCAGCACACGAGCUGUGCCCUGCACUUUCUGCCCAGAGUUUGAGCAUCACAUGGAAUUCCUCUGCAAUCUCAUCAUUCAGAAAAGCAGUGGAGAAACCUCUUCUCUGGGGGAGCUCYURCAGUCUGCCAGUAUUGURUUCUCCAUCUACCAUCAGAGCACCAAGUCAGCCACUGACAAACUGACUGAUAGAACAGGUAGAGAUUAUCUUCUUGGGACAGUCACAGUUCCAACCAGAGACCUGCUGACAAGAAGAUCAGGUAUUUGGGGCUGGUACCCCGUGACCCUCCCCGAGGAGCUGCUGCCCCCCCAGCACACAAACACCAUGCAGAGCAUCGUGGGAGGGCUGGAGCUGGCUGUAGCCUUUGGCCAUCAGGGUGACAGGGAGCGUGUUCUGGAGGCUGCCAGGCUGCUGGGCUGGAGCAGGGACGAGCUGCAGGCACACAGCGAGGAUGACGGGGAGCAGAGUGGCACCACAGUGACUGUCACCAUAUCCACCCCACGGCUGUGGCUGCCCCUGCACUCUGUGCUGCUGGCAGGACACAAACASCUGCACAGCAGCACCCACUGCUACCUCAGGUACAAACUCUACAACCAGCAGGCCAUGUGGACAUGGCUGAAGCGGCCAAAACUGAGCAACGACAGCGAGAGCGUCACCGUGACCUUCAGGAAACCCAACAAGGUGAAUCUCAGGAGGAGCCAAGGACUGCUCUGGUUCCUCAGAGAGGAGAAAUUGGAAAUCCAGGUGUGGUGGGCAUAUGGCAAGGAAAACGAGGGGGAAAGACCACUUGAUACAGAUCGUCUGAUUGGAUCUGCCUACGUCAGCCUGGCAGCGCUAGCAGAGAGCUCGAGGACAGCAGUGAGUGUUAGUGGUGUUUAUCCACUGUUCAGAUGCAAUGCUGCAGACCUGGCAGGAGCUGCUGUUCGUGUUCAUGUUUGCCUGGCUCCCACUGCUGCUGCUGUGCCCAGAGCCCCCUGUGCUGAGGAAUGCAGCAGCAGUGAAGAUGAAGGCACAGAGGAACCCCCUGAUCUGAGGCAGCAGAUCCCUGACAAACAGCCAGUGGAUGCUGUAAAUUCAGAGCUCACCAAUGGCACCAAGGAAGAAGAUGUGRUGUUUCUGGGAAACACAGUUGCUGUCAACAUCCUCGUGGAAAGAGCGAUGCAUCUGAGUCUAAAAGGAAGUCCCUUGACAGARCGUGAAGUGACAGCCCCCAGCAGCUGUGUGACAUUUGCUGUUGCUGRUGCAGAAGCUGCAGUAACCACUCCAGUGGUGGAAAACACAGACUCACCAGUCUGGGACUUCCAGCACCAGGCAAGAUUAUCCAAAGAGCUYCUUCUGGAUCCACAGCAAACGUUGGUCUUCAAAGUGUGGCAUAAAGCAGAGUCGGAGCGAGUGAUAGGAUUUGCCUCCGUGGACCUUUCYCCUCUCCUCUCUGGUUUCCAGCUGGUGUGUGGCUGGUACAACAUCACCGAUUUCAGCGGGUGCUGCCGGGGGCAGAUCAAAGUGGCCGUGUCCCCUCUGCAGAACAUCAGCAACCUCAAAGAGGAGAAGCAGGCCAGGGCCCGGAGCCAGCCAGAAAGCUCUUCUGUGAAGGUCAGAUUUCCAACAUUUCCUGGUAAUUCUACAAACUUGUCCAAGCAGGUGUUGAAUUCCUCAUCAAAGGAAGUCARCGUUCCUGCUCGAGAGUGCAGGAUGAGCCCCCCUGGCACAGCCAGCCCUCGGCACGAGGAGCACAUGCAGAACGUGCGCAGAUUCCACCAGUGCCUGCAGCAGAUGGAGGGGAACACACAGCGGGCAGCCAGGCUGGACCCUGCAGCUCUGAGCUCAAGGGCUGCUCUCCUCACUGCUCUCAGGAAGAACUUGAGCGAGCUGGAUGAGGUUCAAAGAUACUUCAGCCAGAAGCUGACCAGGUCUUUUCCUGACUUCAUCACAUCCCAACCAGGCCAUGAGGAGUGGGAGAGUGACCAUCAGGGCUCGAUGAGCAGAGAAAUGGAUCCCAAAGGCUGCCAUCUUCUGGAAAAAUCUAGUCAGUUGGUGUCUCAGGUCAGCAGCCUAAUCAAUGACUUGCAGACUAUAACUAAACACAGCAAAGCAGCCUGUAGUGGAUCUCCAGACAGCAGCAGGCAGCUGGGUGCUGGGGAUGUGCCCUGCUGGAAGGAGGAGGGAGCCACUCCUGCAGUUCCUGGAGUCCACCUGGGGUCAGACUCACCCGGCAUUUGCAGGGACACGCAGCAGCCGGGCACUGCUGGCAGAUCUGUGUUCCACAGACACAUGCUGCACAAACUCCUAGACCCCCUUAUCCCUGAGGAUGAGCACACAGUGGGUUCUGUCCAGGAAAACGAAGGUGCUUUUGCCAUCCAGCCACACAGCGAAGAAGAAUACGAAGAGGAUGUUAUAGAACCACGAACUCUUAAUGAAAUAACGACCAUAACRGACAGGACCAGCCCCUGGUCCAGUGUGAUCUCUGAAACAGGGCCAGGCACUGAGCAGCAUCCUCUGGAGCCCAGUGAAGAUCAGCACUCCAUCAAUGUGGGAUGUUUCCAAAAAGGGAACAGCAGUGCCUUGUCCAGCAUCCUGCACGGGGACAGCCAGAGCGUGUUCAGCACCCUGAGCCCACCCCUGAGCCCCCACAGAGCUGGGAACAGCCCCUGGGGAGCAGCAGGAGAUUGCAAACCCUUCAACAGCAGCUGGGGAAUGGCAGAGAAGGAGCCAGUGCAGCCCUGUGGCCGGAGCCUGUGGGACAGAGCACCGAGCACUGAACCCGGGCAGAGGAGCACAGGGCUCCRUGGAGGCUCCAAGGAACCAUUGCCAGGAGAUGGGGGUUUGAGCAGUGCAAAAACCACCGAGAGACAGGAGCAGGGAGGUGCUGAGGCUGCAAAUGAAGAUGAAGGCAAGGAAGGAAGUGGCUCUGAUGAGAACUGUGCUCAGAGUGUAUCAGCCCAGGCUGGCUCCGAAAGGAGCAGUGAGAGCUCUCCUGAUGACAGCAGUGAGGAGCCACAGGAAGGGUCAGAAAACCCCAUCRAACCAAAAACCACUUUAUCUGAUCCCGUUGUUGUUCCCAACUUCUUCCUUCCACCCCAGGAGAUGGAAGCUUCCAUGAGACUGCUCAGCAGCUCUUCUCACCCUUCCACAUCUCCAAAAAGCAGCAGAGCAGCAGUGCCUGGAGCCAUCCCCUACCGAAGGCCAAAUCGGCCCCGGCCCAGCCCCGACCUCUCAGAAGAGCAAACCAGAAGAAUCGCCAGGAUUUUCUCUGCUCAGCUGACCAAGAAGGAGUAGUGGUGGCGAGAGUCCGGCCACAGCAGAGCUUCCUAAGCCAUGGCCCCAKGUGCUGGCCAAGGCUGAGUCCUCCUGUG